CAUCCAUCUGCCAUAUCUUCAGACGUUGCCACAGUUUCCGUCACUGUCGUCACACUUUCAUAUCACCGCCACCAUGGCUUCCACCGACAACAACGAGCAGACCGCAGGCAUGAAGCGGAAAGCCGAGACCUCAGAGAGCAUGCUUCCGUCAAAGAUAGCCAAAUCCGGCGACGAUGUCCGCGGCACUGACUCUGAAUAUGAGAGCGAUGAGAGCGAGGAGAGCAAUGAGACAGAGAUCAUCACCACACCAGCCAAGUCCCCCAAGAUCAGCCACGAGCUGUACCCCUUCAAGCGCAUCGACGCUCAUCCGCACCUACCGGCAACUAAUUCUCCGCACCAUGCUCACAUUGUGGAGGCCUCCGACUCGGACAACAUCAAGCUCAGCCUGGCCGACGGUAUUGCGACGGUGCUCUGGAACUAUAAUUCGAAAGCCCUCGAGAUCUUCCUCGAUCCCAAGUACAGCAGGCUCGAGUUUACCGUCAAGUAUUUGAAGGAUAGUGAGCAGUUCAACUAUGCGAUCAUUCGCAACCUCAACAUGGUCAAGGCUGGUAUGUACAGGACCCGGUACAAGACCGACCAGGGAUAUCAGGGGGGUGGAUGGCAUGACUGGAAGAAUCUGGCGGAGGCGAGAAUCAACUACUCUGGCGCUUGGGAGUAUAUUCUGGGGAGGGUGUCUUGCCAUAGCCUAGGGGCUUGGUGGGGCAAAGGAACCAAGGGGUUGCACAUGGUAGGAAUCCCUAAGCGUCACACACACGACAGGACUGUGGAAGACGAGGAGGAGGGUCGCGCUAUUGGUAGCCAGCUGGCUUCUACGAUGAUCUCGCAGAGAGUGUGGGCUCCCACCGCGGAGGUCACGAUUGCCUUCAGGUACAACAAUAUGGAGACGGGUUGGGUUGAUCUGGUCUGAGUACCUAGCUAGGUAUGGCGCCGUUUGAGGUGUUCAACGAGUUUUGGGGUUAUGCAAAAGGAUGAACCGCUGUCCUGUUCGGAUCCAUGAUAGUAUACCAAAGGACCCAUGGCAAUGGCAAGAAGC